AUUUCUUUGCCAUCGUUGGAAGGUCGCAGACACUUGACAAGUUCGGCGACCUCGAACAUGGAACACUCCAUGUGCAAGUCUCAGCAGUGCCAUGCCGCAGCAGCCCAACGAUUCGACAAGGCCGUCGUGGGACGAAGAAGUGAGGGACAUGGAGGAUUCGUUGUCCGUCACAAACGCACACACAUCACGAAGAAAGAAAACAUCGUCCUGGGAGAAGGCGCACUCGUGACGGGCGGUGCGAGCGGCUUGCUCAGCAUCGUGGCCAUGACGCUGUUAGCCCAGCACGGCGCGAUCGGGUUGGUGUACUAUACGCGAGCGUACCAAACGGCAACGUCUAGCCACGUGGUCCUCAAGGAUAAUUUUGGCGUGCUCGGCGACCGAGUGCAUGUGUUUGCCUACCGUCCGUCGCAAGCCAUGGGCCAUCCUCGAGUGAUGCGGCUACUGCGUGGCCCUCGUUCUGCUUGCCUCGCUCGAUCAAGGGCGCGCUCACACUGCUCCAAGUCGACGGAGAUGAUGUCCUACAGCACAGUAGGCACCAAAUUUACCACGUUGGGCAUCGUCAUGGCUGUGUGUGAGUCGGACGCACUCGUUUGCAAUUCAUGCAGCGAGGAGGAGGAGGGGCUCCAGUGAUGUACGCUGUGCGGUCGCUGGUGGAGAAUAUCCGCUGUGCGCUGGUUCGCCUCCUGCUCAACAGUCGCAGGUGUCGAGUACUCGUGGUCGUUCGACAUCACGUGUCCGUGGUGUACUUGGCCCUACGUAUCCCGUGCGUGCGAGUGGCAAGUUGGGGCUCGUCGAACAAGACCGAGUCGGCCCCUUUGAACGGGUGGCCAUCCAAAUGUGGCAGCUCGCGCAAAAGAAACAAGCGCUGUGGUCGUCCAGGCGUUCAAUUCCUCUCGACCGUAUUGCACAAGUUCGUGUUGACUGCAGAGGGGGGAGGCUGCGUUUGGUAGAAACAUCGGUUUUGUUGCGUUUUCGAUCCCCGGCGUCCGCGGCACGUCGCAGCCAUGACAGUCUCUCCACUCCCCGUGCGGAACCCGGAUAUCAAGGGCAGCGUACGAAACGAAGGCGUCCACGAAGUCAAAGAGCAGUGUAAGCACACGAAGAAGGAAGCAUAGAAACAACACAAACAUCGGAGAUCGCCAACCGCCCCAGAUCAAGCGGGUGUGUCCUGUCGGCGCGUCAGUUGGAACGAGUCCUUCCAAUCGUAUGAACGAGCCUCUCGCGACAGUCGCCCAGUUGGCUUCGACUGUCAGGCACAGUUGACCACGUCGUGGUCCUUUUCGUUGGCGUGCAGUACCUCAGGUGGUGUGCCCCUGCGCCAGGGCAUCGUCCAACAUGUAGGAAAACGUCAAAUCCCAAUAAAUUACUACGGUGGUACACGA